UCAUUAAUAUCUAUUUACAGCUUUUAUAUGUUUGUGUACAGGAUGUUUAUAAAUGUAGAAAAAAGUGCCACAUUUUAAGGGGAAAAUGCAAAAAUUUAAAUCAAGUGCCCUUAGCCGCUCAGAGAUUGUUUUUGUACCACAUGACACCUUUUUAACCUAUCAUAACCCACAACAAACAAGCACAUGUGAUUGAUUGUUAAAAUGAAGAGGGGCUGUACAUAGAGGAUUAGGGACAUUUCAAUUUAUUUACCUGACUGUGGGGCACCUUACGACGGGCCUCAAAGCUCCCCCAGCGGGCCUGGGCGCGAUGGACCUGGCUUUUUUGAUGCGGUUCUCGUGCCUUCUGACUUUACGCGCUGGCUGGUUAAACCAAGUUUUUACGAAACGCUGCCAGUCCUUGUGGAAAUGUCCAUUCGGAAUCAUAUUAUUACCCUUACCCAUCUUGAAGGAUUAUAUUUUUGAAACCUUCACUCGCGAACACGUGCAAACGUCGAAAUGGACGAAACGGAAAAGAUGUAAAUAUUUGGUUACUUUUCGCGUCACGAUGUUGCCUGCACUGAGCACCAGCCCACUAAUGCCAACUGUAUACCCGCGAUUUCAACGCAAAAGUUAUCGACUAAAUUGCACAAUUUAAACCUUAAAGUUCUCAAGAUUAACAGCGUUUAUAUACUUAUUAUUUAAAACUAUUAUUGCAUUUAAUAUUUGAUUAACUUUAAAUAGCUAAACAUAUACCAAGUGACGUCACGAUACCAUGUAGUCAUUUGUUAUGUGCAUGUAGUGCAACCAACAUAAAUCUUGUUACGUUGGCAUUACGCUAUAAUAAUUUUGUUUAAAUAAAAACUUUGCUAAUGCGUUUAUCUAAUUAUUUUGAGUUUACUUAAGUAAUUUCCUUAUCAUAAUGACUUGCAAUUAAUUUGCGUAAAAACGUUAUGUAAAUUAGCUGAGACUUAUCUUUGGUGACAUUUGUUUGAAUAAACGUCAUGUGAAAAAUUAAAAGUCACUAAAUUUCGAACGUCAAAUUCUUGGAGGUUUUCCAAUAUUUUUAUAAAUAUUUUAAAAACAAGUUGAUAAUUUAUUGAACGUUGUAAAUUUACCGCAAAAUACGAAGAAUAUUAACCACUUAUCAAAACAAAUUUCCGUGUGCGUUUUAUCAGUGCAAAGUAAACAAAGACAUUAAUUUUAUAAUCUGGCAGACAAAUGUUGAGUUGAAUAUGAACUACGCGGAAAAAUGUGUUUGUCCGCAAUUAAGGCACCCGGAAACUUACAACCCCGACACAGUGGACCUAAUAAACAACAUAAAAGAAAGAAAAUAUUGGUUAUCUUGCCUGGAACAAAUGGUGAAGAAAUUUGUGAACAAGGCAGAGGACUUAAACCCAGAUAAUCCCAAAGCCAAGGAGCAGGCCGAACAGAGCUACCAGACUUUUCACAAGCUAAUCGAGAGACUAACUUUGGACCCCUUUGUAAUAAAGUCGCUUAGUGUGAGAACUUUGUUAGAUUUCAAUGAGGAAACUCUGAGAUCGAAUAAUUUCAAAGAUGCCUGGUACAUACAGAAAGAGAAGGAGAGUGGUGUGGCUUUACUGGAAUUUAAGGAUAGAAUAAGUAAAAUUGAUUCUAUAUGUGAUUUUAACGAGAAAUGGUUGGAUUUGUGUAAAGGUGUCCUGGCGGGGAAUGUUUUUGAUUGGGGGGCGAAAGCUGUCAGUGAUAUUUUGGAACAUACAAAUAAUUUUGGGUUUAGUCAGGCACUUGAGACUAUACAGAAAAGGCCUUGGUUUAAAGAUGAUCUGGAUAAUUGGAUUGUUCAACUUAAGAAACACCCCUACGCGACAGCGGUAAUAUUCGUGGACAAUGCCGGGGUGGAUUUCAUCCUGGGCAUUCUGCCCCUGGCUAGGGAACUGCUAAAGCAAAAAACCAAAGUAAUUCUGACGGCUAACUCGCUGCCAGCGCUCAACGACGUCACUUACCACGAUCUGAACAUGUACUGUUGCCGCGCUGCGCAGUACUGCCCAGUUUUGAAGCGCGCUAUUGCAACUGCGCAGCUUAUAACGGUGGAGAACGGCCAGGCGGGGCCCUGCUUAGAUCUGACAACGCUGUCGCCGGAUCUGUGCAACUUGAUGUUGGACGCAGACUUGGUUAUCUUAGAGGGCAUGGGCAGGGCUGUACACACGAAUCUGUACGCAAAGUUUAAAAUCGAUUGUGUCAAGAUGGCUGUGCUGAAGAACGAGUGGCUUGCGCAGAGUCUCGGCGCACAGCAGUUCUCGAUUAUCUUCACUUACGAGCCCGCGCAGUAACAAAGUACCUGAUGCAAUCAAUGUGAAUGUAGCUUUAAAACAAUAAACGGACUUGCAGGGUGUACAGAAACUGUGGUGGGGUUCUGGGCACGUUGGAUUAAUAAGUGUAUACUGGACCAUAUCAAAAAAAAUUUUAUGAUCCAGUGUAUAUACAGAGUUUCAUUGAUAGUUUUAAUGUAAAGUUGCUCUGCAGUUUAUUUAAUUUUAAUUGAAAAGACUUUGUUUUAAUACUAGAUUGUGAUUUAUUGUACAUUAUGGAUGAAUUAAUAAAGUUAUAUUACCUACAU